AUUUGAUUUAAAAUUAAAAUGGGGGAAGUUUCCGCUGAAAAGAACAGUGUGCAGAAAAUGAUUUAAAAAUAAUGUUUUAAUGUAAAUCAUAUGUCAUGAACGCUCAAGAACGCGAGCAUAGAAAUCAUGUUAAUGAUGUUUUUUCUACGCGUAUCACAAUUUAUCGUAAUGGUGAUUUAAAUUUUUAUGGUAAAAAACUUGUAGUGAAUAGAAAACACAUAAGGACUUUUAACAGCUUUUUGGAUGAAGUCACGCGUGAUACCCAAGCUAAAGUUGCAGUACGUAGCAUUAGAACUCCAAAUCAUGGAACUAUAGUUGCAAAUCUUGAUAGAAUAGAGAAUGGUGGAGUUUAUGUUGCAGUAGGAUUAGAAAAAUUUAAGCAUUUGCCGUAUAAAGAAAUUCCUACCCAUGAUAAUUUGUCUUUGAGGCAUCAUUUAAAGCCACCAGCUAAACCUAUACCUCAUAAUCGUAUAUAUGCUUCAGCUCGUUAUCAAAAGCUAGCAGUCUCAGAACCACUAUGUAACAGAAUCAUUUUAGUUUAUCGAAAUGGAGAUGAUCUUUAUCCAGGGAAAAAGUUAUUACUUGACAAAAGGUUGCUUGAAAAUAUGGAUACUCUUUUGCAAUACAUUACAGACAAAAUCAAGUUAACAACAGGAGCAGUACGAAGUUUGCAUACAUUGGAUGGGUCAGUAAUUAAAGAGACAAGUCAGUUAGAGACAGGUGUAAAGUAUGUGGCUGUUGGAUACCAAAAACAUUUUGUCAAAGGGAUUUACUUGAAUGAAAGUGAACCUUUUAAUGUUUCUAUAAAGAAAAUUCAUCAUAAGGCUUUAAAAUUCAAGAAAAAUAAAAAGAAAAAAAUGUUAAAUGAAGACAAACAAGAAGUUAAAAAUGAUCGCCAUUUGAACGAAACACACGAGGAUACCGCAGAGUUAGUUAAAACAGCAGUGGAAAAUUUAAAUGUUUCAAGUACUGAUGAAGAAAAAAACCUUAAGUCGGAGUUUGUUCUUAAACGCAUGAAUAAAGUUGCCUCAAACAAUAAAAUCAAUCAACAAGAUACUAAAAUAGAUGAAGCAAAAGUUGUUGAAAAAAACAUGAAUAAAGUUGCUUCAAACAAUAAAAUCAAUCAACAAGAUCCUCAAAUUGAAGAAGCAAAAGUUAUUGAAAAACACAUGACUAAAGCUGUUUCAAGCAAUAAAAUAAAUCAAGAAGAUCCUAAAGUUGAUGAAGGUAAAUCAGUUGAGCAACGCAUGACUAACAUUGCUUCAAACAAUAAAAUCAAUAUGCAAAGCCCUAAAGUAGAAGAAGCAAAAGUUAUUAAAAAAAUAUCAUCAAAAAAUAAAUUAUCUUCAGAAAUGGAAGAAGAAAAUGAAAAAGAGAAUAUCUUACAAAAUCAAUCUAUCCAGACACGGAAAAAAAGUUCGCUGUCUCAGGCUACUGUCAAAAAUAUAUAUUCUAAGAGUCUUCCAACAAAGUCUUUAAAUAUAAACGAGUUAGAUUCUUGUAAACCAUUAAAGAUCCUCACCAGUAAUCUUUCCAUGUCACAUUUAAAAAUACCACCAAAUAUGUCAACUGAAGAAGAUUCAAAAAUUCCUCCUAUAUUUCAAGCCAGUGGUGAAACUAUGGAAACUGCAAAUGAAGUUAUUGAAAGUCAUGAAACUAACAUUGAACCAGCUGUUGAAAUGGUUCCUGCUAAGGAAGUUCAAGAUGAAGAAAUCGAAAAAGAAAACGAAGUCAAGUUAAGUAUCGAUGGGUAACAAAGAACUUAAGCCAAUAUGCGAUGAAAUUUGAUUUUUAAAGUGAAUUUUUUUUCAAUAAAGCAAUUGAGUGUGUUUUUUUUUUUUUUAUUAUUAUGUUUUUAUUUUAGAGUUUUAUUUUAUUAAACAAUCCAAUAAUUUUAUUACA